AUGGCUCGCUGCAUGCACACCUCUACAGCAAGAAGCGAAAGAAGACGAUGCAGCCACCCGGCCGGUAGGCCAGUCCGGUCCGGCCCGAGUUGGGAGCUCCGCAGCCAAGAGGGCAGCGAGACGAAGGGUGACAAGGACAACGCCGAGGACAACACCACAUCGUUCAUCGCGCGCAGAGCCGAUGUGCUGUUGCACGACGGCGCCUCGCUGGCCGACGCGUUCGGCGGAUUGCUCCCCUCGGGCCGGUCCAACAUCGACAUCUCGACGCUCGCCGGCUUGUGCUGGCUCUUCCUCGUCGAGGGACUGCUGACCGUCGUGUUCGGCCACGUCGCGCGGCAGCAGGCUCCACGCGACGUGCAGAGCGCGCGUUUCCUGUGCCAGGACGAGAAGGAGGGCCCAUCCCCGCCAUCCUCGCGAGCGAUAGUGCGCCGCCAGCAUCGAUGUCGGCGCCGAGACAUGCGGGCCGGCGAGAAGGGCAUCGGACAGCAACGCCAGGAGGCGUACGAAACAAUCCUGCGCAGGAUCUACCCGGGGAUCAUGCAGACACGCAUCCAGCUGGUCAUCUUGCCCGUCUUUGUGCCGGCCACGGCGAUGGUGCUCGCCCUGUCAUGGGGCUCGCGGACAAGUGGAAAUUGGGCUGGCCGAUGGUCAUGGUGCUCAUGCCGGCUUCGGUGGCGGCUGAUUCACAAAGGCCUGUUGAAAGCGGAGGCAGCGCUGACGCAGGACAUGUACGCAUACCUGCCUGUAAGAUACGUCUUCCUGGCCGCAUCGCACAACGCCAGGGUCAACUACACGAGGAUGUUCCUAAUCACACUGGGGAUCUGCCCGUCUACCCCGUACACCAUCGCGCUGGUCUACAACAAUGCGGCACGGCACACGUAG